AGGUCAGCCAAUCAGAAGGAAGGGAGCGAGAAGGGGCAGGGCCAAUCCGGACAAAGUCCAGGAAGCACGCCUCUGGUUUGGGAUAAAUAGAUAACCCAUUUCUCUACAACACCGAGUGUUGGCGUCCUUCAGCGCGGUAAAGAUGGCGGACAGCAGGGCCAAAACCUCUGACCAGAUGAAAACAUGGAAGGAGAACAGAAGCUCUCAGAAGCCUGAUGUCCUGACCACAGGCGGUGGCCAUCCCGUCGGAGACAAGCUGAACCUGCAGACUGCAGGGCCGAGAGGUCCUCUGCUCGUACAGGAUGUGGUCUUCACAGACGAGAUGGCUCACUUUGAUCGUGAACGCAUCCCAGAGAGGGUGGUGCAUGCCAAAGGGGCUGGGGCCUUCGGCUACUUUGAGGUCACUCAUGACAUCACACGCUACUGCAAGGCUAAAGUUUUUGAACACGUUGGAAAGACCACACCUAUCGCUGUCCGUUUCUCCACUGUGGCUGGGGAAUCUGGGUCAGCAGACACGGUGCGAGAUCCGAGAGGCUUCGCGGUCAAGUUUUACACUGAAGACGGUAACUGGGACCUGACUGGAAACAACACCCCCAUCUUCUUUAUCAGGGAUGCCAUGUUGUUCCCAUCCUUCAUCCAUACCCAGAAGCGCAAUCCUCAAACCCACAUGAAAGACCCGGACAUGGUGUGGGACUUCUGGAGUCUGAGACCCGAGGGCUUGCAUCAGGUUUCGUUCCUGUUCAGUGACCGAGGUUUGCCUGAUGGUUACCGCCACAUGAACGGUUACGGCUCUCACACGUUCAAACUGGUCAACGCUGAUGGCCAGUGUGUCUACUGCAAGUUCCAUUACAAGACCGAUCAAGGGAUCAAGAAUCUGCCGGUGGAGGUGGCGGAUCGUCUGGCAGCCAGCAACCCUGAUUAUGCCAUUGGAGACUUGUUCAACGCCAUUGCAAACGGCAACUACCCAUCCUGGACCUUUUACAUACAGGUCAUGACCUUCGAACAAGCUGAGAAGUUCCCGUUUAACCCGUUUGAUGUGACUAAGGUGUGGUCCCAUAAAGAUUACCCUUUGAUCCCUGUGGGUAAACUGGUUCUCAACAGGAACCCAGUCAACUACUUUGCAGAAGUGGAACAGCUAGCCUUUGACCCCAGCAACAUGCCACCAGGCAUUGAGCCAAGCCCCGACAAGAUGCUGCAGGGUCGGCUCUUCUCCUAUCCUGACACACAUCGACACCGGCUGGGAGCAAAUUACCUGCAGCUCCCAGUCAACUGUCCAUACAGGGCUCGUGUAGCCAACUACCAACGGGAUGGCCCAAUGUGCAUCACUGACAACCAAGGUGGAGCUCCAAACUACUUUCCAAACAGCUUCAGCGCCCCAGAGGCUCACCCUCGAUUCCUGGAGUCCAGGUUUAAGGUUUCCCCUGAUGUGGCUCGUUACAACAGUGCAAACGAAGAUAACACCACACAGGUCCGUGCCUUCUACACCCAAGUGCUGAAUGACGAGGAGCGCCAGAGACUCUGUGAGAACUUGGCGGGGUCCCUGAAGGCUGCUCAGCUCUUCAUCCAGAAACGGAUGGUGGAGCACCUGAAGGACGUGCAUCCAGACUAUGGAAACAAGGUUCAGGCCCUUCUGGACAAGCACAAUGCAGAAGCCAAGAAGAACACAAAUGUUCACGUCUACAGCCGCCCAGGAGCCUCAGCCGUUGCAGCAUCUUCCAAGAUUUGAGGUGUCAGAUGCUUGGGCCCAUUCUACGGCAAGAGCAGACCAGUUGACUCCAUCACCAGCUUCGUGUUCCAAGAGUAAGAUCAAAGUUAACCUGCUGAUUAUUGUAAUGGAAGAAUUAGAAUUAAUGUUGUGUUAAAUGGCUAGCCGUCAUGAAGCCCAGCACAUUUAAACUAAUGUCAGACAAUUUUGUCUUGAUUCAACUGAAAUUGUAUUAAAUUACCUGAAUUUAUCACAUGAUGCCUUAAGAGUUGCAUGUAAGUAAACGUUACUAAAGCUACAUACAAAUUGUUGAGUUUAUUCUUGUACUACUGUGCUCAUGACACAAUACUAUUACUAUUAUACUAUAAUAUAAUUCUAUUGUCCCCAAAACAAGUAAAAUCUUGUUGGUUUUAAACAAGAGCUGUGUGUGAGGUGGGUCUUUUGUUUUAUUUCCUGCUUGACAGAAUCAUUGAGUUUAAAAUAUGAUGAUGAAAAUGACAAUAAAUUUAUUAACAACA